AUGGAACUGUUUUGGCCACAUGAAUUGCUUAAGGAAGGUGUCAUGAUUUUUGAUAGUCCUGGAGUCGGAGAAAACGAAACCAUGAAUAAAUUUGUCCUAAACUACCUGUCUGAAGCCUUUUGCUUUAUCUAUGUGAUUAACAGCACUAAUGCUGGAGGAGUUCAGAGGGACAGACUUCUUAUGUUGCUCAGCGAAGCAAAAAGUCUUAAGAAGGAUGAAAGAAUGGACGACAGGUUGUUUACCAAGUGCGCAUUAUUUUUUUCCAACAAGUGGGAUCAAGUUCCUGGCAACAACGCAGAGCAAGUGAAGCAAAUGCAAAUUGAGAAACUUACUGAAAGGUUUGGAGACCUUAAUGCGGAGAAGCAGAUCUUCAAUCUAUCUUGCAACAGAGCUCAGUGCGCACAGAAGUAUGGGGUCAUCACUGAGGAAUUCGCUAAACUUUUGGAUGGAAUAAGCAAUCUCGUUGUGUCCUAUGUACAGAGUAGUCUUCAAAUCUACUUUAGGUGGCUUGAAGACCUAUUGUCUCGGAUGUCUCGUCAAGUUUGCAGUCUGUUGAAAACAACGACUAUGUCACGCAAAGAAAUAGAGAAGAAGAUAAAACGAGUGAUGAAUAGAAUAGCUGAACUGGAAAGCUAA